AUGGGUUACACCAUUGAAUAUUCCCGCCAAUUUUUAAAAAGCGCUCAAACCCACCCAUGGAGUCAAGUACUUCGAAAAUUCUUUAGUACAUGUUUGUUUUGUCCCUCUAUUCGAGCCAAAGUUCCUGAAAUUCCUGAUCUUGUUCAAAUUAGGGUAUGUCAAGAUUUUCAAGAAAUUAUUGAUCGAGAAUCAUCGGUUAUGAUCGAAAAUUGUUAA